AUGUACCACCUUUCACCACUGUCCACAUCCAUCCAAAAUCGAUACCACAAUACUCUUCGACUAUAUCCUUGGAGAGAUGGCUACGAAUUCACCAGGAAACUACUUCAACAAGAAUCAUAUCAUGAUUCUGGUGGUGAUCACCAUUCCACCAUCCAAGCCAUUCUCGUUUCCUUUUCCGAGCACGGGUUUCAAGAAUACCUGCAAGAUGCAGAUGCUAUCACAUUGUUUGAAGAGAUUGGAAGCAAUUCGCAAGUAGAGUCGGUCACAAUUGAAUUGGACGUCUUUUCGGAAUUGCCCACAUCUGUGGCCAUUCCUCCCAUCCUCGCUGUAACUUCCCUACUGACGGCUCACAACAAUAGGAUACGGCAUUUAUGCCUGCGCAAGUUGCAAUUGUCAAGUCACAAAGAGGAUGAUGAUUUGGAUGUGAAUGGCAUGGUGGAAGCCCUGCGUAUUCAUCCUACCUUGCAAAGUAUUGAAGUCAAGCAUUGUACCUUUUCCAAACAAUGUCACUUGCAACGGUUGCGCUCUACUUUGACUGGACGAAAAGGCAUCAAACAUUGUGAUUUAUUCGACAACCGAGUCUCUUUUACAAAAAAGGAAGAAGGAGAAGGAAAGAUUGACUACAAACAAGAAUACGAACCAUGCAGUUGCAGUCAAUCUUGGAGAUCUUCUUGUGUACCAUUCAAAAACCACCAAUUUCUGUGGGCGAGGAUGCUAUGUCUCUUUUGCUUCAGUUCCGUCUCUGUGCUCCUUAUGGCGCGUCUAUUCUUGUCGCAAGAAGAACCAAUACUAUGGAACCACCUGAUGCCUUUUGCAUCAUCCACGACGCCCUUGUCUUCCUCAUCAUCGAAUCGAAAGUUACUGCAACCAGAACAAGAGAUGCCUGACAUAAAUUCGUAUCCACUAUUGUCCAUCAUGCCUUGGCAAAUCCUUCCGAAGGACAAAAAAUCAAAACGCAGAAAAACGAAAUUGCAGAAAAGCAGCAAUACGUGUAAACCAUAUGAGUUCUCUUGA